UUUUUUUUUUUGCCCUAUUAUGCACUGUUAACCCCUUGUAAAUUUGUAUACAAUUUUAUAGAGGAUAGUGCUAUUUAUUGUAUAUCAUCUUAUUCAUACGUAUAUAUACCCUCUUUUAUUCUUCUUUUCAUCUGAAAUAUUUUCAAUUACUUCAGGUACAUUGAUUGACCUGACAGCUAUACAACUUAUACACAUUUAUUCAUUUAAAACUUAUUUAUUCAAACUUAUUCAUCAUUAUUAUAUAUUGUCCUGCGUCAUCCACAUACUGAAAACUACACCAAACAAGAACAACAACAAUAACAAAACGAUCUAUUUUAUUUUAUUUUUUACACUCUCGACUUUGUAUUUCUAUCACUUUAUUACAUUACGUGGCUCCUCUUUGACAAGUAAGAAUGAGUGGUGGCAACAUCAAGGUGGUGGUUCGGUGUCGACCUUUGAAUUCCAGAGAAAUAAAACGUGGAGCAUCUAUUUUGAUUGAAAUGAAAGGCGAUCAAACCGUGAUUAGCAAACCUGAAGAAGCUCGGACUGGAAAAGAAAGUGAAGAUCGCAAGGCAUUCACUUUUGACAAAUCUUAUUGGUCUGCAGAUAAAAAUGAUCCAUCCUAUGCCGAUCAAGAAACCGUUUACAAUGAUUUGGGGGAAGAUUUAUUGAAUCACGCUUUUGAUGGUUACAAUUGUUGUAUUUUUGCCUAUGGUCAAACUGGUGCUGGAAAAUCUUAUUCAAUGAUGGGUUAUGGUGAAGAUACUGGUAUUAUACCAAGAACUUGUAUGGAACUCUUCAAUCGCAUUAAUCGAAAUACUGAUCCCAAUUUAACCUAUGGUGCCGAAGUUUCUUAUAUUGAAAUUUAUAACGAAAAAGUGCGUGAUUUACUCAAUCCAAAAAAUAAGGGAAAUCUCAAAGUACGUGAACAUCCAAGUACAGGUCCUUAUGUAGAAGAUUUAUCUCGACUUGUUGUCACAUCCUUUGAUGAUAUUAAUCACUUGAUGGAUGAAGGAAAUAAGGCUAGAACUGUGGCUGCUACCAAUAUGAAUGAAACAUCAUCUCGAUCUCAUGCUGUCUUUACCGUAUUUUUGACUCAAAAAAGACGUGACGAACUUACAAAGCUUGAAACUGAAAAGGUGGCUCGGAUUAGUUUGGUUGACUUGGCUGGAAGUGAACGUGCGAAUAGUACAGGUGCUACUGGUGCUCGAUUGAAAGAAGGUGCCAAUAUUAAUCGUUCCCUCACUACUCUUGGAAAAGUGAUUGCUGGUUUGGCUGAACAAUCUAUAGCUGAUUCAAAAAAGGGCAACAAGAAACCAAAGGACAGUUUUAUUCCAUAUCGUGAUUCGGUACUUACUUGGUUAUUAAAGGAUUCCUUGGGUGGUAACUCUAAAACAGCAAUGAUAGCUGCCAUUUCACCUGCCGACUAUGACGAAACAUUAAGUACUUUACGUUAUGCCGAUCAAGCAAAGAAGAUCAAGAAUAAGGCCGUGAUCAAUGAAGAUCCAAAUGCAAAGAUGAUUCGAGAACUCAAAGAAGAAUUGGAACUUUUACGUAAUCGACUACAUGUAUAUGCUCCUGAAGUAGUGGAAGAACUUGCCGCAGCUAGUGUUCUCAAAUUGACAGCAAACAAUAGUGCCAAUAGCAACAAUGAACCUCUUAUGAAAGCAACUCAAUCCAUCACUGAUAAUAAUCAAGAAUUUGAAUUUGUUGACACUUCAGGCAACAAGAAGAAAAUGACGAAGAUGGAAAUCGUUGAUCAAUUGCAAAGCUCCGAGAAACUAUUGGCCAAUCUGAAUGAGACUUGGGAAGAGAAACUCAAACGAACGGAAUCUAUUCAAAUUGAGCGGGAACGUGCUUUGGAAGAAUUGGGAAUUGCAGUACACAAAAACAAUGUUGGCGUCUAUGCACCAAAGAAAAUGCCUCAUCUUGUGAAUCUUAAUGAAGAUCCUCUGAUGUCUGAAUGUCUUAUGUAUCAACUCAAAUUAGGUAUUACGCAUGUUGGCCGUAACGACACAAUAGAUCAGCAACAACAGCAGCAAACAGAUUCAUCUCAAAAUGGCAACAAUGACGGUGUCUCUACAAUUACACUUGGUGGAUCAAAUAUUCAAGAUGAACAUUGUUGGUUCGACAAUGAUAAUGGUGUGGUGACCCUUCAUCCGAAAAAUGACUCAUUAGUGAUGGUGAACGGUAUGCGUAUUUCAGAACCUCGACGAUUACAUAGUGGAUACCGUAUUAUUCUUGGCAACUAUCAUAUCUUCCGCUUUAAUCAUCCUGAAGAAGUACGUCGCGAAAGAGAAAGGGCUAGUAUCUCAUCACCCUCAGCAUUACAUACAGAACUUCAUGCAAUGGAAAACGACGCUAUGCAUCAUGAACGAUCUGAAUCACCUACAACAACUUUGAUGAGUGCACCUGGUGGAUCUGAAUUGAUGGACUGGAACUAUGCACGGCUAGAAGCAGUUCGCAAUUAUUAUUCAAAAGAAGGCAACUUUAAUGGAAUGAAAGAUGAUGAAUUGGAAAAACUAUUUGACGAUAUUACGAAAAUACGAAAAUCACGACGGAGUACACGAUGUGGCAGUUUGCUCAGUUUUGAUGAUUUUUCCGCACAAUCUACAGCAACUGAUUUGGAAACUAUUAGUACAGCUCUGACAAGCACUGGUAGUGGAGUGACAACCCUUCUUGGACAAAAUGAAUAUGAAGAAAAAAUCAUGGUGGAAAAAGAACGAUUACAAAAGGAAUUGAAUGAACAGAAACAAUUCUACGAAGCCAAAAUCAAUCGAAUGUCCAUGCAAUUCUCCUUUACUGACAAUAAUAACAACAACAACGAUAAUGAUAACACUUCUGCGGACGUCAAUGGGAUUAUCAUCAGCAAUCAUCAGCGUACACUACUUUACAAAGUGUUCCGUCAAUGGAAAAAGUUACAAUACGUAUCUAUGGCAGAAGUGGUACUGACCAAUGCUGCACUUCUCAAAGAAGCCAACAUCAUCUCAAGAGAACUGGAAAAGGAAGCAUCUUAUCAAUUUACGGUGGUGGAAGAUGGCCAAUUUACCAAUCCUUCAUCUUUUUGGGAAUCAACUUUUGGUCUGCAUCAAUUCAAUACUGAUGGAGAUACGGAUCUUAUGGAGGUGUCCAAACCUUGUAUUGGAGUGCGUGUCUUGGAUAGAAAACAUCAGGUGAUCUACAUUUGGUCUUUGGAAAAACUCAAGAAACGACUGCAUCAAAUGAAGAACUUACUUAAUUACAGGGAUCAGCCAGUCUAUCGUACACAUUUGAAUUGGGAAGAUCCGUUUUAUCAAACGCCAAGUCCGAAAUAUUCGUUUAUUGGAAGUGCAGCAACAUCGGUACGAAACCUGAUAUUACAACAACCUUAUGAAAGUUUUGUGGAAAUCAUAUGUCGAUCUACUGGCCAAGUCAAAGGAAUGCUUCGUGUACUGAUUUCACCUGUAGCAUCAAGACCUUCUUCCUCCCAUUUUCAUCGCCACGAACAACCUGACAACAAUGACAAUUUUAUCAGCAAGGAAGAAGAUUAUUCAUCAGACCCUUCAUCUACAAAGGAUGAUGAUAAUAACAACAAUCCUAUUUUACCUCAGCCUCAACAGCAAUCCAAUCCACCAGCGCUCAAGGUCGGUCAACAACUUGUUUUUGAAGUACGUUUACUGGAACUUUGUGGGCUUCAUGAAGCUGAAUAUACUCAAGUCCAUGUGCAAUUCCGAUUAUCCUCUUUUGGUGGUAUUCCUGCAGAUUCUACCGCGGAGAAACUAUUUGCAACCGAUCCUGUCAGUGGAUUUGAAGGUUCAUCCAUUAUUCCUUUGGAUUAUAGUCAAACAUUGUCUAUGACGGUGACUUCAAGUAUGCUUCAAGUAUUUGGUCAAGAUAUGAUUUCUUUCGAAGUUUAUGGUGUAGCUCGUCCUCGUGUUUUGGAUCAAUAUGAAAGAUGGGAUGAUCAAAGGGAAAAACCUCGGUUGGCGGAUUUAUUGGCAACAAAUAACAGUAGUCUUGGUAGCGAUGUAGAUGAUCGACUGACAACAAUAAAUUCAUCGGCAACAACAACAACAGUAUCACCUGAUAGAUUACCUCCUAUGGAACGACGAUCUGAAGAUGAACUUUUGGCAAUGGAACGACAUGAUGUUGCGGCUUGGAUCCAAAUCUCUGAACUUCUUCCCAAUGGAGACUACAUGCCUGUGCAAACUUUAUCUGAAAACCCGUUGGAUCGCGGUGUAUUUAACCUUCGACAAGGAUUACAACGACGUAUCACUAUCACAUUAUCACACAAUUCUGGUCGACAAUUUGAAUGGAAUCGCAUCUCCAAGGUAACUGUAGGCAAGAUCAAGUUAUUAGAUGCCAAGGGUAGACUUAUUGAUGCACAAUCACAUGAAGAUAUUCCAAUCAAACUUUUGGCACAACAACAUGCUGUGACUUACAACAAGGAUGGAACAAGUCAACUAGUGGCUCAAGGUGCAUGGGAUAGUUCACAACACGAAUGUCUUUUUUUGAAUCGAUUGACAGCUGCACGUUCACGCAUCUUACUUCAAGUGACAUGGGAAGUGGAAACCGAGAAAUGUUCUAAACCUAUUCAAUUCAGUAUGGAAAUUGCAAUCAGGGUAACGAGUCGUGACAGUUCAGCUGGUAAUGGACCUUCGGCAGCAUUCCGUAUUAAGAAACUUCUUGGUGGUGCUUCCUCUGGAUCAAAAUAUCUUAGCAAAUGUAGUGGCCUUUUUACAGUACAUCUACGACCUCCGAUGACACGUCGUGUGAGUCAACUUUGGCGAUUAAAUACAGCUUCCAAGUAUGUCCGUGGAGAAGAAGUUUAUUUGACAUCAUGGCGACCUCGUGGUGUUUCUUUGAUCAAUGAUUACAAACAUAUUCAAGAUCGUAUUCGAUUGAAAGAACAAGUCAUGUUUACCUCACAAGUCUUGACUUUACAUGCUGCUCGAUCACAAACAAGUCAUGGUGCCAUGACCAAAGAAAAAUAUCAACUACAACAUGCAUCAUCAAUCAAAAAUCGCAAUAUCGACAACCAAAGUGAUACCAACAACAACAACAACAACAGCAAUAAUAAUAAGAAAUAUGAAUGGGUGAAAGAUAAAGAUAAUACUCAACAAACAUUAUUACGGAAAGCUUUGGAUUUAUGGACUUGUCGAUUAGGAACUGAUAAAGAUAUAUACCUUUGUCAAGAUCCUCCUAUACCUGGAAUGCAAGAAUUAAAUGAACGUCAAGAAGAUUAUUGGAAAGGCACGAAAUUAUUAGCUGAAGUGAAACAAGUGAUACAAACAAACAACAUCACCAAAAAAGGUUAUUUGGCAUAUCAAGAAGAUCCAUUAGAUGACAAAUGGAUAAAACGAUGGUGUGUUGUAAAAAGACCUUAUAUUUAUAUUUAUGCUCAUCAAAAUGAACAAGAUGAACUUGGAGUGAUCAAUAUUUCAUCAGUCAGGGUAGAUCAUAACAAAGCUUUGGAAAAACUUUUACAACGACAUCAUGUCUUCUCAUUAUAUACCAAUAAUAAUGCAUAUACAUUACAGGCGGCAUCAAAAUCGGAUAUGUUGGACUGGAUUGCAAAAUUGGAUCAAAUGUAUUCUUUACAACAAAAGGAAUAGAUAAUAAGAUGUAUAACAAGUACUACUUACAAGUCAACUCAGUCCAUUCAUUACACAAAUCUUUCUCUUUUCUUUUAUUCACACUUAUUCUACAUUUUUUCCCACCCCUAUUUUUUAUUUUAUUUUAUUUUUA